CCCCCCUUCUCCCCCUCACCAAUAUGAAGUUCUCUUCGUUCGCUGCCGCCACUGUCCUUUCCUCUGUCCUUGCUCUCGUUAAUGCUGCUGUCCUGGACGUUUUUGUGCCGCAAAUAACGUCUCCCACUGCUGGCGAUACUUGGGUGGUUGGCUCAAAUUACACGGUUACAUGGGAUACUUCUGAUGCGCCUGCUCAGAUCACAAAUGAACAAGGAGAAAUAUACUUGAGGAAAGGAUCAAAAACUCAGAGUCCUGCUCUUGCCUCUGGCUUCUCCAUCCUUGAUGGCGCCGUUAACGUGAUAGUCCCAGAGACAACCACGGUUGGCGAUGACUAUUAUGUUGUCCUGUUUGGUGAUUCGGGCAAUUGGAGUGGAGAAUUCUCGAUCAAAGCAUGAGCGGCAAGUCGAUAUUGAAAAAACAUUAUUUCGCAUAUUCUGGGAAGAGACUUUCGGACCUUUUUACUAUUCGUUCGUUUCAUAAACCCCGGACGGACUGGGAUAUUGUAGCAUUUUACUUACAUAUUUUGCCGUGUGUAUACACACGCUCUAACGCUCCACUAACAUGCAGCCAUUAUCCACUU